UGCCUAUUCUACAGGUACCACACGGGAGUAACCUGCCUCCCCCCUUUUUAGCUGGCCUACCUGGUACACUACUACACACGUAGGUAGCUUCCGGCCACACACAUGGCUCGGGUAGACCCUAGGCAGUACAUAAUUAGCAGCUGGCUGCCUAUGGUCUUCUUGAUAGGGCAUGGUAUCCGUCUCAGUGCGGCAACCUUGGAAGGUGGGAUACAAGACGGAGAGGGGCAGGCCGUGACUAGCAAGACGGGACAGCGUCACACCGAUGAGGUGUGGCUUCACGAGAGCAAUGGAAGGCGGAGGGGAUCAUGGAAUCAUUGGAAGCUGUGGGAGUGUUCCUCAGCAGGCCCCCCGGGCCCUUUCUAAAACCUUCCAGUCUCCGGGGCUGGUGCGAAAUUGCCAACCAAAUCGGCGGUCCGGGAUAUGGCGAGACUAGGCCGGGAGGGGCAGCGAGUGACCUUGAGAGAACUCCAUUGCCCCGGGUCGCUGGCGAUUGCAAUCUCCUUUUUCC